AUGCCUGGUAGAAGAAACCAAGGCAGAGGCGGUCGAGGUGGCCGUGGAGGAAGAUCUGUACAGCAGACUGGUCGAGGGUCUCACGGCAAGAAGGCAAAUAGACCGAAGCAAUACCAUCCUCACAAUCCUGACUUCACUCACGAGCAGGUGACUAUAUACUUGCUUGAGGCCAUUGCGCUCAAGAGCUUGGACUACGCUCAAGAUAUGAUCUGGAGUGUAAGAAAUAUGGCCCAUGUGGACUUUGAGGCUUUAAGAGGCACUCAAACGGUCUACAAGCCGGGAAAGAACAACUCCGAGUUCUUCAAAAGUUCAAGACAGGCUCAACUUGAUAGGAACUGGGAAAAUCUAAAUGUCAAGAUUGACAAAAGAGAAGUGAUCUAUACCACAAACCAAUAUACCGUAGCUGCGAUCAUCACCAAGCAUUUCAUCACUCAAGCGAUGAGAGAUAAGUUAAGCAAUGAAACUGAUUGGUUGGACUUCAAGAAAGACCAUGUGAUGCUGUUGAAGCGUAUCAAGACGUUCAUGACCAUCACAGAUGAGACUGGCAACACUUUGGACUCAUGGAAAUCUCUCAAGAGAUUCACAAACUGCACUCAGAAGCAAAAUGAGUCUGUGAACGAUUGCAGAAGGCGGUUCAAAGCUCAAGCUCACCAAGUAUUCAAAAUCCUUGGCACCGAUGUGUUGCAUGUCUAUGCGACCAAAACAAUGGGAUACCUGAAUCUGUACGAUCCGGAGGCCGAUCCGGACAAUAUCAAGGCGCUCCAAGACAAGUUCAAGAAAGAAGUUCUGAGAACAUUUAAAGCAAGUGCAUUUUUCUACAACUGCGACAGGUCUUGCUUCCAAAGCAUGUUGGACAAGGCAAACCAGACCUACGCCAUGGAAUUCAAGGAAUACAAACAAAGAAACGAAUAUCCGACUACAAUUGACCAGGUCGCUAAAGCGCUGAUCAAACAUAAGCCUGACAAUAGAAAGAAGGGUCCGAUGACACCGAGACCUACUCCAAGCGUAACCACUGCAAGCAGCAGUGCUCCUGACGGAGUGAGCAACGCACAGGCAAAUGCUCGAACGACAUCUUCAGGACCGGCCUUCACGUGCUGGUGUUGCGGAGAUACUGGCCAUGGGGUCACCCGUUGUCCCGAACGCUCCAAACGCCCACAAGCGGAAUGGAGCAACCCAGGACGAUACAGCGACGUACCCACUACUACUACUACUACUACUACUACUACUACUACUACUACUACUACUACUACUACUACUACUACUACUACUACUACUACUACUACUACUACUACUACUACUACUACUACUACUACUACUACUACUACUACUACUACUACAAGACAAGUGGGGAGAGCCAAUCUCCAAGUCCCUGCGACUACAUCUGCGGCGCAGUCAGAUGCCGCGUCUAGCGUCGCUGGAACGCAAUCAACUGGUCAACAACAUCGAAGCAAUAUGCAACGAGCUGUUGUUGACAGGAGUGAAAAUAGCACUUCUGGUACUACGGAUGUAACCGGUUCUUAUGUGGUACGAGGCAGAUCUGUCGCUGAUGGACGAUCUGAUGGUAGGAUUACAGGAUGGAACCUUGCACAAGUACAUGUAAGACCGAUUCUGAAGAAGAAAGCAGUCUCCACUGAAGACAGGGGAGAGUUGCUAAUGAAGAAAUGGCAAGCACAACUAGAAGCUGCCAGUACUUCCAAGGACGAUGACAGCAUGGUCAGCGAUGGAAGCUUGAACAUGCAGAUCUACAAGUCAACCUCAAAGAUGGAUUCAUUGAAGCACUGUUCUCAAUGGACCAAAGACAACAAGAAACCUUUCAAGUCUAAUGGAAGUAUGCACUGGGAUAUUGAUCUUGGUGUACAUCUUGAUUCUGGAUCUACGUUCAGCCUACGAAUGAACGAAGAUUAUGCCAAACCGGGCACUGUGUCUGACCUGGAUUACAUGUUCAACUACGGUACGAACACUGGCCAACGUGACCUGCAUCAACAGGUCGAAUCAAGAAUUAUCAAAGGACACACUUGCUUGCUAGAUACUGAAGCGCAAUGUAACCUCGAUAGUUUAUCUGAGCUUGUGAAGCUUGGAUUCCGUGUCGUUAUGGACACUGAUAUUGAAAACUCCUUCAUCAUUACGAAGGGGGAACAAAGAAUGAGGUAUGUACAUUGA